GCAAACUUGGCAAUGUGGGUCAAGAAUUAACCUACAGGGAUGCGAGGAUAACAUCUCCUGAGACAUGUCUCUAAAUUACAUCAAAAACUUCUAUGAAGGAUGUGUGAAGCCUCCAACUGUGAUUGGUCAAUUCCACACCCUUUUCUUUGGAUCCAUCCGAAUGUUCUUUCUUGGGGUAUUAGGCUUUGCAGUCUACGGGAAUGAGGCUUUGCACUUCAGCUGUGAUCCAGACAGGAGAGAAAUAAACCUCUUCUGUUACAAUCAGUUCAGGCCAAUCACUCCACAAGUGUUUUGGGCACUACAACUAGUGAUUGUCUUGGUUCCUGGUGCUACUUUCCAUCUUUAUGCUGCAUUUAAAAGCAUCAGUCAAGAAUGCAUUCUUCAAAAGCCCAUUUGA